AAGAGGGCCAAUACUAUAACGUAAAACAAUUCGUAUCGUAAGAAGACAUUUCUCAACAAAUAAAUACGGGGUGACUCAAAAAGUAUAGACAACGCGUUUGUUUUUUUUAAAUUUUAAAGUUAAAACUAUAAAAAUAAAAAAAAAUAAAAGAAAAUAAAAUAAAAUUACAACAUCUGGUUGCCAAAUGUAUCUUUGUAUGGAUUAAAAGUUAUUAACUGACAUUGCUCGUGUUCCUUCGAGUGGGGAAAAUAGGGUGCAUAUAUAUACAUCGAAAAACGUGUAAUAACUUAAUUUUUUUACACAUGAACUUACCUAAUCUAUAUUGAAGUCGCGUACUUGUUAAUUUAUUAUCUGCUACGUUAAAAAAAUAGUAUAUAGUCGCAAAAAUUCUAUUGAAAUUUAUUGGGACUUUAGCAACAUUGUGUUAUAAGCAAGCAAGUUAAACAGGAAUUGAACAGCUGAUGCUUCGUCAAGACCGGCGAAAUGUCAAAGUCUAGGCAAAUUACUUUACGUGUGCAAUGUUCAGAAGGGACAAAACGUAUAGAUGUAAAUCUUUCUGAUACAAUUUCUCUAGUAUAUGAAAAGAUCUCUAAAGCCUUUGAAUUGAAUACUACUGGAUUUGUACUCUAUAGAGAACGAAAUCAUAAAGAUGAACUUCCAUAUUCCCAUAGCAAAACAGUUUCAGGAACACGUCUUUCUCAUGGAGAUAUGUUAUAUCUUACUCCUCAAAAUAAUACACAAUUGUGGAGUACUCCCUCAACUAGUACUGCCACCAUUGAUAUUUCUCAAGAACCAAGACCAAUGGAUGAAAUAGAAACUAUUAAUCAUACUAAUGUUUCUCAAUCUGUAUCAAAUACAAUUGAGGAUGUUGAUGAACAAUUAUGGAAACUUGAUGGUAAAAUACAAAGAAAACGCGAUGAAAAACUUUGUAGACAUGGUGCAAAUGGAUGCUGUGUUCAUUGUACUCCUUUAGAACCUUUUGAUGAAGCUUAUCUUAAAGAACAAAAUAUAAAACAUUUAUCAUUUCAUUCAUAUCUUAGGAAACUCACUGCUGGUGUUGAUAGAGGGAAGUUUAUACAAUUAGAUGACAUAAACUGCCGUAUUAAGACUGGUUGUAAAGAUCAUCCACCUUGGCCACGAGGUAUAUGUAGCAAAUGUCAACCAAGUUCUAUUACUCUAAAUCGCCAAACUUAUCGUCAUGUCGACAACGUUAUGUUUGAAAAUUCAAGUUUAGUUGAGCGUUUUCUCAAUUAUUGGCGUAGCACAGGUCAUCAACGUAUUGGAUUUUUAUAUGGAAGAUAUGAAAUACAUACAGAUGUACCAUUAGGAAUUAGAGCUGUUGUUACAGCUAUUUAUGAGCCUCCACAGGAAAGUACAAAAAAUUCUAUACGACUUUUACCAGAUGAAAAGGAAACAAUAGUUGAUGAAUUGGCUCAUUUACUUAAUUUAAAAAGAAUUGGAUGGAUUUUUACUGAUCUUAUAGCUGAUGAUAUCAAGAUAGGAACGGUAAAACACGUUCGAAAUAUAGAAAGUCAUUUUUUAUCUGCUCAAGAAUGUAUUAUGGCUGGAUAUUUUCAAAAUAAAUAUCCAAAUCUUUGUCGUUUUUCUCCUAAUAAUUAUUUUGGUUCAAAGUUUGUUACUGUUUGUGUUACUGGUGACGAGAAAAAUCAAAUUCACAUGGAAGGUUAUCAAGUAUCUAAUCAAUGCAUGGCAUUAGUACGUGAUGGCUGCUUGGUUCCUACAAAAGAUGCGCCAGAAUUGGGCUAUGUAAUUGAAUCAACAGAUAAACAGUAUGUUCCAGAUGUCUUCUACAAGGAAAAAGAUUCUUAUGGAAAUGAAGUGUCAAGGCUAGCAAGACCUUUGCCAGUAGAAUAUUUAUUGGUAGAUGUACCUGCAUCCACACCACUUACUCCACAGUUUACUUUUUAUAUUAACAAUACUAUUACUCCGUUUCCAAUUGAAAAUAGAUUUAUCGAUGGACAAAUUCAGGAAUUUAGUUCACUUUGUUCUUAUAUGCAACAAUUUACUAAAGAACAAUUCUUAGAAGCAGUUUCAGAUUUUCAUUUGUUAAUUUUUAUUGCAACUAUGGAUAUGUUUCCAAUGAAGGACCACAUGAUAUCACUAUUAGAUGCAAUUCGUAAUAAAAAUAGAGAAAAAGCAAUAGAGUGGACACAUUCAGAACAAUGGGCAACAAUAGAGCAACUAAUAUCUGAAGCUACAGCAUCAACAUCUCGACCAUUAUUUGAUACUAGCUCAAGAAUUUCAUCUUCUGUACUUGUAGAAGGAAGUGGAAUAGCAGUUGGUACAGAUCCAAUUGUAAAUUCACCACCUGAUCAAACACUUUGGACUUGUUCACAUUGCACUUUUCUCAAUGCAGCAGAUUUUGCAAUGUGUGAAAUGUGUGGUUUACCAAGAAAUACGUAACGAAAAUUCAUUAUUAUAUUGCUUUUGUAUGCAUUUAAGGGUGCUAUCCUUAAAUUGCAAUUUUGCUUCCGCAGGUUUUAACAAAUUUUUGUUCUUGCGGAUAUAAAUUGUUUUGAACGCAUACUUGGCUUUAUUUAUGAGUGAAUAAAAAAAGGAAAAAAUAUCUUUUAUCAAAACCUA